AAGCAGCCAAGGGCGACACACUUCGGCCCUGUGCACACUCUCAGCCUGUGCUUGCCAGAACCCAAAAACAAUGGUGGCCGUCGCCGAUGACUCUCUCAUCGCCACAGCGAUCCGCUCGUACGCUCGGCUCAUCAAGCGGCGGAGCCGCCUCGUCGUUGCCUUCUGGCUCGUUUUUCUCGCAGCGACUGCGCCGUUCGCUCCCGGCAUCUUCUCGGCGACGACGCAAGAGUUCACGCCGCCUCCGUCGAGUGCGGCGCACCAGGCCAACGCGGCGCUGCAGGCGCAGUUCCCUGUCGCCGGCCGCGCGACGCAGUUUGUCGUCCUCCUCUCCACGCGGGACGGCUCUUCAGUGCUCGAGUCGGCCGACGCGCGGGCGGCGUCGGACACGCUCGAGGCCGUCGCGCGCAACCACUCGCUGACGCACGACGUCGCCGGCUACUACCCGCUCCUCAAGCUCGGGAUGCGGCCGCAGGACCUCGCUCCCAGCUUUGUCUCCAACUCGUCGUCGUCGACUCUGAUCGAGGUGGAGUGCUCCACCUACAUGACGGACCAGCCGACCAUCGACUACCUGCACUGGCUCGAGGAGCGGGUGGACGAGCUGCAGGCGGCACACGGCUCCUCGCUCGAGGUCGACCUCCUCGGCGCCCCGCUCAUCAUCGAGGAGGCUGCCGACACCGCGAUGAGCGACCUGGAGCACAUGGACGCGAUCGUGCUGCCGCUCUCCUUCGCCAUCCUCGCGGGCGUCAUCGGCUCCUUCCGCCUGCUGCUCGUGCCGCUCCUCACCAUCGGCGUCGCCGCCGCCGGCGCCUUUGGCAUCACGGCGCUGAUUGCCCGCGCGACGCCCAUCUUCACGAUCACGCCCUCGCUGAUGAUGUCGAUUCUGAUCGCGAUGAGUAUCGACUACGCGCUCUUCCUACUCACCCGCUUCCGGCAGGAGCGGCUCCAGGGCAGGUCGGUGCCCGCCGCCGUCGAGGUGACGCUCCAGACCGCCGGCAUGACCGUCCUCGUCUCCGGCCUCACCCUCGCCGCAUCCUUCGUCGCGCUCCUCUUCUUCCCCAUCUCGGUCAUCUCCUCGCUCGGCAUCGGCUGCACCCUCGCCCUCCUCCUCGUCCUCGCCGUCAACCUCUCCCUCGUCCCCGCCCUCCUGCUCUCCUUCCCCGCCUUCUUUGGUGCGCGCGAGCCCUGCUGCUGCGGCCCGCUCGCCGCGCUCUGCCGCCGCCGCUACGCCGACGACGACUCGCCGCCGCCGCUCGCAUCGCUCGAAGAGGGCGGCGCCGCGCCGCAGGGGCCGACCCUCGACUCCGCCUUUGAGCGCCUCACUGCCGCCACGGACCAGGGCGGCGACAGGCGGUCGGCGCUGCCUGCCCCGGAGGCGUUGAGCUGCCCGCAGCGCUUCUGGUGGCGGCUGAGCGGCCUCACGACGCGCUGGCCGCUCAACCUGCUCUGCGUCGCCGCGCUGCUCGGCCUGACGGUGCCGCUCGGCCUCACCGCCACCACGCUCGCCACGACAGACGGCUGGGACCAAGCCAUCCCUCGCGGCUCUGCGCUCGGCGCCGCUUUCGAGCGGAUGGGGCGCGAGUUCGGCGCCGGCCACCUCAACCCGUACUCCAUCCUGCUGCGGCCGCGCACCGGCUCCGCCACCUCGCGCCACUUCUUCUCUUCCGUCGCCAGCGCGCUCGCUGAGUUCGAGGCGGAGCCGGCGCUGCGCGUCGGCGGCGGCGGCGGCGCCGGCUUCGAGAUCGACUCGCUCGCGUACAAGAGCGGCACGCCCGUCCCGUGGCUGCUCUACGAGACGUGCGAGCUCGUGCCGCACCGCCCGGCCGACGGAGCCGCGCUGGAGGCGUCGCCGCCCUCUCCGUCUCUCGCCUCGCUCGGAGCCGAGCGGCGCGAGGCUCUGCGCGCCGCCGGCGGCCUCGCGGAGCAGCUCUUCGCGCCGCUCGCCGCGGGCGGCGACCCGCUCGGCCCGCUCUGCGCCGGGCUGCGCUACGCGAAGCGGCGCUUCCUCAACGACGACGGGAGCGCCGCGAUGGCGAUGGUCGUGAUGGACGUCGACCCGCUCGGCGCCGAGGGCGACGCGUGGCUGCACGCGGCGCGCGACACCCUCGCGCGCGUCUCGGUCACAUUCGACAUCGAUGCCUCCAUCUCCGGCGUGCCGGGCGACAUCUACGACUGCAAGGACGCGGUCUUCGCCCUGAUGCCCGUGAUGGUCGCGGUGAUGGCGCUGCUGGUGCUGCUGCUCGUCGGCUGCACGUUUGGCUCGCUCGUCAUCCCGCUCCGCUCGGUGGUCUCGAUCGGCGUCACCGUCACGUGGGCGUACGGCGCGGCGGUGCUCACCUACCAGCACGGCUGGCUCGAGUGGACCGGGCUGGGCGGGCUGGCGCGGACCGACUCGCAGAUGUGGCUCGUGCCCGUGAUCUCGCUCCCCAUCCUGGUCGGCAUCUCCCUCGACUACGACAUCUUCCUGCUCGCGCGCGUCGCCGAGCUGCGCGGCAAGGGCGCGACCACGCAGCAGGCGAUCCGGCACGGCGUCACCUCGACCGGCUCCAUCAUCUCCUCGGCGGGCCUCAUCAUGGCCAUCGCCUUUUCGGGGCUGCUCUUCUCGGCCAACCCGACGCUCGACAUGGUGGCCUUCUACCUCGUCUUCGCGGUGCUCGCCGACACGUUUGUGAUGCGGCCCCUGCUCGUGCCCGCCGCCAUGGCGCUGCUCGGCGAGGCGAACUGGUGGCCGCAGGCGCCGACCCAGCGCGCCGCCAAGCCGCCCGCGGAGACGGCCGGCGUGGCGCCGUUGCGCUGCAGCGCGGCGGGCGCAGCCGCGCCGCCCGCGCUGGCGGCGGCGCUCGGGCGCUAGUUCAGUAGUGGCCGUCUUGUGUCCAAUGUACUGCAUGAUUAGCGGCGAGGUUCCUAUCAGGUUCACUCCUAGGUUCACUCCGCACACGCCUCGAAAAAGAAAACCUCAGGCAGCAAAUAAAGACGCAGCUGGCUCCUCGUACACCUCCUCCGCAACUCCGCUCUAUAUGGCUAGAAGGCUAAAGAGCCGUGUCGCUUUUC